AUGGACUUAAGGGAACACAACGACACGGAGGAGUUCAACACGACUGCAGCUGCAGCGUGGCCGCACACGGAGGCCGCGGCGGGCUUCAUCAUCCUCGUGGCGUCGCUUCUCAUCCUGGUUACCAUCGUUGGGAACGCGCUGGUCAUCGUAGCCGUGCUGACAAGCCAUGCGUUGCGCGCGCCCCAAAACCUCUUUCUGGUGUCUCUGGCCUCAGCGGACAUCCUGGUGGCGGCUCUUGUCAUCCCGUUCUCACUCGCCAACGAGGUGAUGGGGUACUGGCUCUUCGGCAGCGCGUGGUGCGCGCUCUACCUGGCGCUGGACGUGCUCUUCUGUACGUCCUCCAUCGUGCACCUGUGCGCAAUCAGCCUGGACCGCUACUGGUCGGUAACCGAGGCGGUAAGCUACAACGCGAAGCGCACGCCAGCGCGCAUUAAAUCCACAAUCGCGGUGGUGUGGGCGAUCUCCGCGGUCAUCUCCUUCCCGCCGCUGGUCAUGACCGAGCACAACGAAAGAGUAUGCACCAUUAACGAGGAGCCGUGGUACAUCCUGUCGUCGGCGAUCGUGUCCUUCUUUGCGCCCGCGCUCAUCAUGAUCGCCGUCUACCGCAAGAUCUACCGCGUGGCCAAGCAGCGCGCGUCAGCCGUCUUCGCAGCUAAAAACGGUGGUCCACGGCCGCGCGCCUCACCUUCCGACACGUGCCUGGCGCGCGACACCAAACCUGAAGCGGAGAGCCCGAGCAGCCUGAGCUCCGGGAGCAACCGGCAGCAGCAUGAACGGAAAAGAAACGACGACGAAGACGACGACGAAGAGGAGCUCGACGACAUUGAUCUGGAGGAGAGCUGCGCGUGGGACGGUCAGCCGAAAAAAAGCGGCAGCGCGCGUUUCGCCAAGCGCAGGAAAGAGGAAAGUCGCACGGAGCGGACCUGCUGCCGCACCACCCCGUGGGCCUCGAAACAAUCCCGCACUGUGCCGCGCGUCUCCAGGCCGUUGAAAGUCACGAGGCCAAGCGCGAGGAAAACCAGAGCGGCGCAGAUGCGCGAGAGGCGCUUCACCUUCGUCCUCGCGGUGGUGAUGGGAGUGUUCGUGCUUUGCUGGUUCCCGUUUUUCUUCACGUACAGCCUGCAGGCGGUGUGUGGGGAACGGUGCCGCGCGCCAGAGGGCCUUUUCAAGAUCUUCUUCUGGAUCGGUUACUGUAACAGCUCCGUUAACCCCAUCAUUUAUACAAUAUUUAACCGGGACUUCCGGAAAGCGUUUAAGAAAAUCAUGUGUGCGCCUGCAACUCAGCGCGUCUGAUCAGGAGUUUUGCUGAGAACUUUGGCCUCUGGACUUCAUGGACGAGUUCAUUUAAAAACGGGGUUGCCAAAUAGUAUGGUUUAUUUCACUCCACAUCACGGCUUAAAACUCAAAAUUAGACAAAAAUAUGAUUUUGCCAAAUUAAUGCCAAGCUUUGUUGAAAUUUCAAGGUUCACCAAAUCAGGGCAGCUCUUUAGAGCGCAUAAUAAUAAUAAUAAUAAUAAUAAUAAUAAUAAUAAUAAUAAUAACUCAAAUAAAAAUAACAACAACAACAACAACAACAAUAAUAAUAAUAAUAAUAACAACAUUAAUAAAUGAAAAUAGCCCAAAUUCUAUGUUUCCACAGCACAAUGUUAUUAAAAUGAACAAAUAAACCAGUAACCUUGUAAAUCUGGCAUCGCUAUUUUAUUGAAAUGAUGUUUGUUCAUUAUAUUUGUACAUAGCCUACUUGAAAAUGUUUAUAAUGUAAGAAAAAGAAAAAGUUUAGAUGAUUAAAAUAAGCUAUGAAUGUGCCAGGUACUUCCUUGUUUGUCUUGAUGUUUUGACGUAUUUCAACAUAAUGCUCAACUGUCUGAAAUCAGUACUCAGCAUAAUGUUCUAUAGGUCAUGAAUCUGCUAAUUCUUUCAGUCUGUUAUACAAAUUAAUUAUUUUCAUUAACAAUAAAACAUGUUUGCCUUACAUUCUCACAGAGGUGAAGAAAAAAAAAGACAGUAUUAUGAACAGUACUGGAGAAUCUAAAUUAAUUUGUCUAAGUUUGUGCAGUGCCAAUUUUAAUUGCCAAUGACAGUGUUGAAUUAACACUUAAAGUGUUCCUUUGUGUGCAGCUGGGCUUAUAUAACAUUGUUAAUUACAAUGUUAAUUAGUUUAUUAAACACAAGUUCAUUUAUGAUUGUAGCUGUAAAUUUAACAUGAAGGUUUUUUUUUUUUUUCUGCAGCAUUGUGGCAUUUUGCUGUAUACCGAUUACACAAAAAGUUGCUCUAAUUAAUUUAAGGAUUGGAGCCAAACCAAGCUGAGACAUGAAACCAUAGUUUUGAUUCAUAUUUAAAUAACUGGAUUAAUUAAAUUUUGUGUUCAUUAACAAGUGGAUUGUGAUUAUGCCACGUUGUGGCACCUAAUGUUCGUCGUUAUACAUAUGUUCUGUUAUUUUGUACAUAUAAGACUGAAAAAUGAUCAGUGUUAAUAUACAAUGAAUCCAGUUACUCAAAAAAGUCAUUUACUCAGAUUGGCAUUUUGCUACAUUGACCAAAAGCUCAGUGGGGUCUCAGCUCCAAGACCCCCAAGAGUGCACAAAUUACAUUUCCUCAUUUAACCUAAGCAGAAAAUCUUGUCCUGGAGCGACACAAGACUGCACAAUCCACUGCUAUCCCUGCCAUAAUAAAUCUGAAACAACUCAUGAAGGGCUUGCUAAUUACUUAACACCUACGUGUUAAACCAGGGGGAACAUCGAACUAUGUAGGACGGGAGUUUAAUAUUUGUCCUAAAAGCACUCCUUAAGUGGUUUUAAGAGUGAGACAUUUUCUAUUAUUUUGUUUCCUGUGUUUCAGCACGAUAACUGUGAUCCUUAAAGAGUAAAAUCUCUACUUUCAUUUUUAAUAUUUAUUAUAAAAAGGUAUUUAUAUCUAUUUACCUGGUGGUCCAUAUAAGUAUCACAUUCCUUUUAUACUUUUCUCCUUGAGAUUUUGCACUUGGUUGCUCAUGUUUAGCACUUGGGUGCAAAUCCUUUGCAAUUUACGAUGCACAGACAUCACCACAAGGCACAAGGCUAAGUAUUUUAUUUUAGUGAUGCCCUGCGAGGUCUUUCUGCUUGUUUACAGGCUAUUUGCCUUUAGUCUUUUCUUGAAAUGCACUUUGGCUUGUAUACAAGUCAUGGCAUGCCACUGAAAAACUCUGGACUCCUGCAAGGUGAAGUGGCAUUGAGUUUCUGAGACAUGCCUUUGGAUUUUCUUAGUGAAGAUGCUGGAGACUUCAGAAUUCAUCCUGAUGUUUGUUUGUUUUUUUUCAUUCCAGUUUAAACCAUGUUUCGUAUAAGAGGUGGUAUAUGUUAUGAAUAAAACUCCACAUCUUUAAAAAAAGUGACAGGUUGCAUCAUCAUUUCAGUUGUUUAUUCGAUUUUGAUGCCGUAUUGGAGCUUGUUCUCAACCAUUAGUCCAUUUGAGAAGUGCAAACCAAACAUAUUGGAAGUGGUAGC